GACCCAAAAAGCCCGGCAACACGUUACGGCAUUCUGGUGACUUCUGUUAAUAAGGAAUAAGAGGCAGCUUCAUUUACAGUAAGAAGCUUUAGGCUGUGGUGUCUCUGUAACAGCAACCAUGGAGCGGAUGGAGAAUAAAAAGCCGAAGAAGAAGGUGACUCUUCACCUGCUCUACGCCGCCUUCACCGCCGCCAUCGGCUCGCUGCAGUUUGGCUACAACAUCGGGGUCAUGAACGUGCCGCAGCAGAAACUGGAGACGUUCAUUCAAAACGUGUCGCUGGAGAGGAACGGGGGGAACUUCAGCUCCGACACCACGCAGCUGUAUAGCGCCGCCGUGGCCAUCUUCAGUGUGGGGGGCAUGAUCGGGGCCUUGGCCGGUGGAACCAUAGUCAACAUGUUUGGCAUGCGUAAGUCCAUGCUGAUGUCCAACGCCCUGGCUGUGGUCGGCGGUGGGCUGAUGGGACUCUCCUCCCUGAGUCGAUCCUAUGAGAUGAUCAUCGUCGGCCGGCUGAUCAUCGGCCUGUUCUCCGGCUUGUGCACAGUCCUGACGCCCAUGUACGUGGGCGAGAUCACUCCCACCGCUCUGAGGGGGGCCUUCGGCACGCUGCACCAGCUGGGCGUGGUGAUUGGCAUCCUGGUGGCACAGAUCUUGGGUCUGGAGUUUCUGCUGGGCUCAGAUGCCCUGUGGCCUGUGCUGCUGGCUCUCACCAUCCUGCCGAGCGUGCUGCAGAGCGUCAUGCUGCUCUUCUGCCCCGAGAGCCCUCGCUACCUGCUCAUCGUCCUCAACGAGGAGGAGAAGGCACGAAAAGCGCUGGUGUACCUGCGUGGCGGCGAGGACGUGGCCGACGACAUCCAGGAGAUGAAGGAGGAGGCGAUGAAGAUGUCCAUGGAGAAGAAGGUCACCAUCCUAGAACUCUUCCGCUCCCGGGUUUACCGCCAGCCCAUCAUCAUCGCCAUCAUGCUGCAGCUCUCCCAGCAGCUGUCUGGCAUCAACGUUGUUAUUUUUUACUCUACGAAAAUUUUUGAAACUGCUAAGGUGUCUGAACCCAUCUACGCCACCAUAGGAACCGGAGUCAUCAACACCGUCUUCACCGUGGUGUCUCUCUUCCUGGUUGAGCGGGCCGGGCGCAGGACGCUGCAUCUGAUCGGACUGGGAGGAAUGGCCGUCUGUGCCCUCGUCAUGACCAUUUCGCUCGCCUUAGCGAAUACCAACCUGUCCCUGACCUACCUGGCCAUCGUGGCCGCGUUCGGCUUCGUAGCCAGCUUCGAGCUGGGUCCAGGUCCAAUUCCCUGGUUCAUCGUGGCUGAGCUCUUCUCUCAGGGCCCCCGACCUGCGGCCAUGACAGUCUCUAGCUUCUGUAACUGGACGGCCAGCUUCAUAGUUGGACAGAGUUUCCUUAAGCUGCAGGAACUCUGUGAAGAGUAUGUCUACCUCAUCUUCAUGGUCCUCCUCAUCCUGUUCUUCAUCUUCACCUUCCUCCUCGUCCCUGAGACCAAAGGCAGGACCUUUGACGAUAUUGCUCAGGGAUUCGCCGUCCGCUCCGCUGACCCCAUCCAUCCCCCGCAGCCGGAAGCUGUAGUCGUGGGCGGACCUGCGCCGAUGUCUCCCACCGAAAAGGUCCCAAUGGCGGAGCUCCCCCCCAAGAAGUCAUGAGGCAGAGAAACAGUUGGAAACACAGAAUUACAGGGUAAAGAUAGUUUGAUGUAGACAAAAGAGUAUGGUUUCUUAAUAGAGCUUUUAUGUUUUUUAAAGUUUGUUGAAAUGCUAAGUGAUAGAAUAUGUUGUAACACAACCCGCUUCGGAUGUUAUCACCCAUAACGAAUGGGCUAAUCAGAACUUAUCAGCCCAUCCGUACGGGCCAGUAGGCGCCUACUCGCUAACAGCUAGCAUUUAGCUAAGUUGCUACGUUCAGCAGCUUCGGACGCUAUUGUGGUUAGGGUUAGGGUUAAAUAAAAGGUUACAGUUAGCUAACAUGAUACAGCUAGCUACAGCUACUUGCUAAGAUAUGCUCGCUAAUAAAUCAAAAUCAAAAACCUCGAUCCUCCCGUUUGAACAACCACCGCUCAACAGCGCCCCUACUGACUCUGCUGGUUAAAUCAUCUGAGCCGUGAUCAACCUUACGGAUCAGCGAUCUACUGCACCUAUUCACCGCAGCCAGUAGGUAGGUGGGCACCUACCGGCCCAUACGUAUGGGCUGAUAACCACUGAUAAUGACCAUUGAAUGGCUUGAUAACGUCCGAAACGGCUCGUAAAGCAGCUUUAAAGAGGCCAAAUUGAAUUACCAGAGGAUCAACACAUAAGUAGAGUUGGGUCCAAAGUCUCCGCUGAACCUUAAGUUCAAAGGCUGGAGAAUUUGAGAGGUUUAUGUAUUGAGCUCAAGCUUGAAAAGGCACAGUGUUUGACCCGUUUGUCCGAAUAAGCACAACGUGGAGGAGCUCCUCCGCUCUCCAGGUCCAGAAAAGCUUAAAUCCGUCUAUUUAAGCAUAUUUAAUAAAUAAGUAUUAUUGAGAACAGAGAAUGUUUAUAUGAAUGUCAUACGCCAGGACGACGCAAACCUGACGGUACGAAACCUCAGGCGGACUUGAAACAAGCUACUGCCUCGCGGGCGCCCUUUAAAACUGUUACACGCCGCCAGGCAGCCGUUAGUGUUAAACAGUCAGCGGGGAUGUGUACAAAUGCCAUCAAGUCCAGUGAGAUGGUGAUACAGCACUACUGUUAAGUUAAAGAUAUUUAUUUUGACCUUUCAUCAUGUGUUUUUGAGAUUGUCUGAUCUCAUGCGUGUCUGUGGCAGCAGCGUUCGUCCUCCCAGUAUUCAUCCAGUGUUGGGACAGUUGCCUCCUCCUCUGGGUCCGUUCACACUCCAGCAGUGUUUUGUUUGCACUGAUGCUCAUUUACUGUAUAUUACAUGUGGAUCUAAGUUACUGCAUAUGUAAAUAUUAGAACUUCAGGGGCUUUGUUCAUAAUCCUGUUACACCACACCCUCCCAGUACCUCCCAGUAUGCACAUACUGGGAGGAAUAUUUGCAUUUGUAAGUGAGAUGAGUUGCUGUUUUUGUAUUAUAAUGCUUAUUUUAAUCAAAUUGCUUUCACAAUCCUCCAAAGGAAAUAAAUAUGUGACCUGUAA